GUUACUCACUAUAAACAAUAUCCACCCAACACAAGCAAAGUUUAUUCGUACUUUGAAUGCCGUGAAAAGAAGACGGAAAACUCCAAAGUAAGGAAGGUGAAAUACGAGGAAACAGUAUUUUAUGGGUUGCAGUACAUUCUUAAUAAAUACUUAAAAGGUAAGGUUGUGACCAAAGAGAAAAUCCAGGAAGCCAAAGAGGUGUACAGAGAACACUUCCAGGACGAUGUCUUUAAUGAAAAAGGAUGGAACUACAUUCUUGAGAAAUACGAUGGGCAUCUCCCUAUAGAAGUAAAGGCCGUUCCUGAGGGCUCCGUCAUUCCCAGAGGAAACGUUCUCUUCACAGUGGAAAACACAGACCCAGAGUGCUACUGGCUUACAAAUUGGAUCGAGACUAUUCUUGUUCAAUCCUGGUAUCCAAUCACAGUGGCCACAAAUUCUAGAGAGCAGAAGAAAAUAUUGGCCAAAUACUUGUUGGAAACGUCUGGUAACUUAGAUGGCCUGGAAUACAAGUUACACGAUUUUGGCUACAGAGGAGUCUCUUCCCAAGAGACUGCUGGCAUAGGGGCAUCUGCUCAUUUGGUUAACUUCAAAGGAACAGAUACAGUAGCAGGAAUUGCUCUGAUUAAAAAAUACUAUGGCACAAAAGAUCCUGUUCCGGGCUAUUCUGUUCCAGCAGCAGAACACAGCACGAUAACAGCGUGGGGGAAAGACCAUGAAAAAGAUGCUUUUGAACAUAUAGUGAAACAGUUCUCAUCAGUGCCUGUGUCUGUGGUCAGUGACAGCUAUGACAUUUACAAUGCGUGUGAGAAAAUAUGGGGUGAGGAUCUGAGGCAUUUAAUAUUGUCGAGAAGUACAGAGGCACCGCUGGUAAUCAGACCCGAUUCGGGAAAUCCUCUUGAUACUGUAUUAAAGGUUUUAGAUAUUUUAGGUAAGAAGUUUCCUGUUACUGAGAACUCGAAAGGCUACAAAUUGCUGCCACCUUAUCUUAGAGUUAUUCAAGGGGAUGGAGUAGAUAUUAAUACCUUACAAGAGAUAGUAGAAGGCAUGAAACAAAAAAGGUGGAGCAUUGAAAAUGUUUCUUUCGGUUCUGGUGGAGCUUUGCUACAGAAGUUAACCAGAGAUCUCCUGAAUUGUUCCUUCAAGUGUAGCUAUGUUGUCACCAAUGGCCUUGGGAUUAAUGUCUUCAAGGACCCAGUUGCUGAUCCUAACAAAAGGUCUAAAAAGGGCAGAUUAUCAUUACAUAGGACACCAGCAGGGAAUUUUGUCACACUUGAGGAAGGAAAAGGAGACCUUGAGGAAUAUGGUCAGGAUCUUCUCCAUACUGUCUUCAAGAAUGGGAAGGUGACCAAAAGCUAUUCGUUUGAUGAAGUAAGAAAGAAUGCACAACUGAACAUAGAACUGGAAGCAGCGCCUCAUUAGGCUUUGUCCUGUGGGUGCAUGUGCACAUGUGCACCCGUGUGACAGUAUGUAGUACAUAAUGUUUAUUGUACAGCUGUGGGGUUUCUUUGUGUUUUAUGAUACAUUACAGCCAAAUUAUUUGUUGGUUUAUGGACAUAACUGCCCUUUUUUUCUUUUGUUUCCAGUAUUUAGGUGAUCUCAAAUUAGGCAACACACAUAACCAUUGUGAAAGAUUAAUGCUGAAGUAAGCUUUUUAGGGCCCUUUGCCAAUAGAUAGUAACUCAAUCUGGUAUUGAUCUUUUCACAAGUAACAGAACCAAGAAACUUUUAUAUAUACUAAAGAUCACAUGAAACAGAUUUGCAUACAAUUAUCAUGAUUGCUUUAUGUUUAUAUUUAACUUGUAUUUUUGUACAAACAAGAUUGUGUAAGAUAUAUUUAAAGUUUCAGUGAUUUAACAGUCUUUCCAAGUUUUCAUGAUUUUUAUGAGCACAGACUUUCAAGAAAAUACUUGAAAAUAAAUUACAUUGCCUUUGUCCAUUAAUCAGCAAAUAAAACAUGGCCUUAACAAAGUUGUUUGUGUUGUUGUACAAUUGAAAUUAUGUCAGGACAUACCCUUUAGAAUUACUAACCGCACUGCCCCUUGUAGAAUAUGUAUUAAUCAUUCUACAUCUAAGAAAAUAAUGGUUCUUACUGGAAUGUCUAGGCACUGUACAUACCUUGGUCAUUGUAUUGUACCAGUGAAAUGCCAAAUUUGAAAGGCCUGUACUACAGUUUUAUAUGUCAGAUAUUGCCUGUGGCUGUAAUAUGCACCUCAAGAUUUUAAGGAGAUAAUGUUUUUAGAGAGAAAUUCUGCUUCCACUGUAGAAUAUAUACAUAAAUGUAAAAUAUUGAAAAAGUGGAAGUAGUGUAUUUUAAAGCAAUUAUACUUCUGAAUUUAUUUUUCAUAUUCUAUAGUUGGUAUGACUUAAAUGAAUAAACUGGAGUGGGUAGUGAGUGUACUUAUUUUAAAUGUUUUGAUUCUGUUACAUUUUUCAUUAAGUUUUUUAAAAAUUAAAUUGGAUAUUAAAUUAUAUGGAUAUCCUUUAUGAAUUUUAAAUUGAAUUUCUCAAUAACAAUACCCAAGCAACUUCUUAAAUGAGGAUAAAUUAUUCCUGAUAAAAAGCAUGAUGACAUGAGUUUUAGUAGAAGAGUCUUAACUAAAGGGAGAUAGCUGAAUUCAGAGUGUUCCACCUCAGGGUAUUAGAGUGAUUAACUGCUAGGCUCUGAGUCAGUCUCCACGUCUGACUAGAGGCCAGUUUCGUAUAUUGUCCAUUUUCUAUGGUAGGGGCUGGCCACGUAUGCUGCCCCACAGGCCAGAUCUGGUGGGCUGCUCCAUUUUUUUGUAUAUACAUACUGACUGCGGCUGCUUUCUCAUACAACAGUAGAAGGUGAGGAGUUGCAGCAGAGACCACAUGACCCAGAAAGCCUGAGUUGUUUACCAUAUGUCCCUUUCCUCAAAAUUACCCAAGAAAAUGACUGGCCCCAUGCUCUGAGAAAAGGAGUGUGCCAUUAAGAGAAAUGUUGGCUUUCAGGGAAGGAAGGAAGCUAAAUAUGUGAUGUGGCAUUAUCUUUUGUCCUUUCUUAAAAAGCUAAUACGAGGCAACUGGUUUAGAAAAGCUUAAUAUGACACUAAGUAUGAAAUUUUAAAAAUCGAAAAGUCAUGAAUCAUCUGUCUUAAACAGUUACAUAAGAAAAUGUUUUAUCAUUGGAAUAACCUAAAGAUAGGUGAGUUAAUCACUGUUCAAGUGGCAUUAGAAAGAAGAUAGGUUUAUCCAUGCUAAAUAAUAAUUUAAGCUUUUUUUAAUGUACCUAAAGACUAGUAGUAAAAUGACACACCUUUCUUCCUGAAAUGUGCUAAGGGGGUUACAAAGAAAGAAACUAUAUUACCAAUACCAACUUUGAUAACCACCAUAAUUUUGUCCAUGUUUAAACAUUGGAAUUAUACCACAGGCAGUAUUCUUAGUGUCCUGUGAAUUUUAGCAGCUCAGAAUAUCUAGGGGAAUUUUGUCUUGAAACUUUCAGUGAAUGGUAAAAGCUACCCAUUUGUACAUAGCUACAGAUCAGGAGGUAGAAUGAUUAAUUCUGUUAGCUCUGAGCCACUUGAUCUUGAUUAAUUCUGAAUUUCUGAGUGCACACUUAGUAUCUGGCCAUCCCCAUCCUGAGCAUCAAAUGGUUAAACGUGAAUGCCAAAUAGAACUGGUUUCAUCACCUAUAAGUCAGCCUAACUCUUCCUGACAGAAGUAGGUGGGUUUAAGUCAUUAGAUCUAUAGUUGACACUAAUUAAUCCCUCUCAAGUCAUAAUUUUAAGUAGAAGGUAGGAGUUCUAUGUUAAAAUUCUUAAUUUAUUUGUACCCUACACUUAAAUGGUUUUUAUGACUAUCCCUUAUUUCCUUUCUUGAAAUAAAUUGUUAUGAAAAAGUUUUGUAGUGAAAAUCAUCUUGAUUAGAGCAAAAUGGCAAGAUAUUUAUUGUUCUGUUUACCAUAAUUUAGAACGCACAUUUAACUAGUAUUUUGUAGUUUUUACAUUCCUUUUUAACCCAUUCAGUGGAGAAUGUCAGUCUUCUCCCAAGCUGUAUGUUAAAUCAGUCCUAAUAUGUACUCAACAUCAAAGACAAACAUGUAAUAAACAUGGAAAUAAAGUUUAGCUCUAUUAGUGAAAUGUUAAA